AUGGGGCACUAUCCCAGUGCCGCGCUGCUCUCCCCACAGUUCCCGGGGGGCAGUGACAAUUACCUGGCCAUCACCGGCACCGGGCACCCCUUCCUCACCGGCGCCGAGACGUUCCACACCCCGAGCCUGGGGGACGAGGAGUUCGAGCUGCCCCCCAUCUCCCUGGAGCCCGACCCCUCCCUGCCCGUCUCCGUGGGGCACUUCGAGGACCUGGGGGAGCCAGGAGGAGCCAACAGCGGCAGCACCGGGCCCUAUGGGGGGGUGCAGGCCUUGGAUAUGGCCAUGGGGCACGGGCUCAUGGAGCAAGGAGCGGGGCUGCUGGCGGGGGGGCUGGCCAUGGAGCUGGAGCACACCAUGAGCCCCCAGUACAGCACCGCCCCCCCCGUCACCAUCGACGUCCCCAUGGCAGCCCUGAGCCCAGGGGGGCUGCUGGCCCCGGGUCAGCUGACCACCAUCGACCAAUCAGAGCUCAGCUCUCAGCUGGGGCUCAGCCUGGGAGCCAAUGGGACGCCGGGAUCUAGCGGGGGUACCCCCCCGCCCAGCCAAUCAGCACCGGCGGCACCGGAGGAGCGGAUCUCGCCCCCCCCAUCGCCUGCAGGCUCCGGGCAUGAGGAGGAGGCCGAGGAGUUCCGGAGGAAUUACCCCCCCCGCCGAGGGAAGCCCCCCAAGAAGGCCAAGAAGAAGAAGGACCCCAACGAGCCCCAGAAGCCGGUGUCCGCCUACGCCCUCUUCUUCCGGGACACCCAGGCCGCCAUCAAGGGCCAGAACCCCAACGCCACCUUCGGGGAGGUCUCCAAGAUCGUGGCCUCCAUGUGGGACAGCCUCGGGGAGGAGCAGAAACAGGUGUACAAGAGGAAGACGGAGGCAGCCAAGAAGGAAUACCUGAAGGCCCUGGCCGCCUACCGCGCUGUGCUGGCCAUGCAGCAUCCGGUCCCCGUUGCCACGGCAUCCGCGGUUGCCACGGCGACGGCGCCCCCCCCCCGCCUGCGCCUCACGUUGCCCGUGGCAACGCCAGCGCCGGGGACCCCCCCCCUGCACAUCAAGAUCCUGCCCCCCCUCCGCGUGCUGGCGGCGCCGGUGGUGACGUCAUCAUCGGCAUCGGCACCAGAGGAGGAGGAGGAGGAAGAGGAGGAGGUGGUGGAGAUGGUGGGGGGGGAGUUUGGUGGAGAGGCCGAGUCCCCCCCGGGCCUGGCCGUGGAGCUGGUACCCGAGGACCCCCCCCCCGCACGCUGCAUCCGGGCGGGAUGCGGGAACGCGCCCGUGGCCAGCGGGGACUGGGAUGAGGAAUACUGCAGCAGCGAGUGCGUGGUCAGGCACUGCCGGGACGUGUUCCUGGCCUGGCUCGCCGCCCGCAACGCCGGCCCCAACAGCGUCGUCUUCGUCAAGUGA